AUGCCAGCUCCAGAGCAAACCGCAAGCGGGACCUUGCUACUCAUUUUCAUUCAGGUGUCAUCCCGAGCGCUGACAUUCGCCGGCAAUCAAUUCUUGCUGCGCUUCCUUUCGCCGUCUUUGCUCGGGAUCGCCGUUCAGCUCGAGCUCGUUUCAGUCACCACCUUGUACUUUGCAAGAGAGAGCUUACGUGUGGCUCUACAGCGGCGGACGUCACCGACGACAGCAACACCGAUAACAGAUCCUGUCAAGAAGGUCCCUCCAAGUAAGGUGGCCCAAGAAAAAGACUCCCAGACCGUCGUCAAUCUAUCAUACCUAGCAGUCUUACUUGGGUUGGGCAUCUCCACGUUCUUUGGCUUCUCCUACCUCCAAAGCGCACCUCAGGAGGUCACCGGGAGCCCCUACUUCAACACGUCGUUCCGCAUCUACGCAUUUGCCACAUUGGUUGAGCUGCUGGCCGAACCUGCGUUCGUGGUCAUUCAGCAGAAAGCAUUGUACAGAGAGCGAGCGCGGGCGGAGACUGUUGCCGCAGUCGCACGAUGUCUCGCCGCGUGCUCAGCGGCGGUGGUUGGGAAUAGGAGAGGCCUGGCGGCCUCGAUCCUCCCUUUUGCGGUCGGUCAGGCCGCCUACGCACUCGUCCUGCUCACUCUGUAUCUACUUCCCGUCAUCCAUGUAUCCAGCAACGAGAACUUCAACCUCGUCCCUCGGAAAGUGGCGGUUUCUACUUCGCAGGAGGCCUACCAUGCAAAUCUAUUCCACGCCGGCAUUCUCUCACUCGCGGCGACGAUGUACAUGCAGUCGAUAUUCAAACUGCUGCUCACCCAAGGCGACGCCUUGAUUUUGUCGUUCUUGUCGAGUCUUGCCGACCAAGGUGCUUUUGCACUCGCCUCUAACUACGGCGGCCUCCUAGCAAGACUUGUCUUUCAGCCGGUAGAGGAGAGUAGCCGCAAUACAUUCGGCCGACUGCUCUCGGCUCCCCCCAGCGGAACGGCCUCGCGGGAGAGAACCAUCGCGUCAAAAGACCAGCGUCAGGCACUGAAGUAUCUGGCCAACACCCUUCACUUCUACAUGCUCAUGGCUCUCCCACUGGUCAGCAUCGCGCCAUACGUUGUUCCUGUGGUCGUGGGCCAUGUAAUCGGUGUGGACUGGUAUACCGCGUCCACCUCAUCUCUGCUGUCCACUUACUGCUACUAUAUCCCUCUGAUGGCCGUCAACGGGAUCCUGGAUGCAUUCGUCACCUCGGUAGCUACGACAUCGCAGCUUCGUGUGCAGUCGCUCUGGAUGUUGCUGUUCACUGGCAUAUAUGGCGCUGGGGCGUGGGCGAUGCUGAAGAAAUUCCAGCUUGGGGCGGCGGGCCUCGUGGGCGCGAGCAUGCUCAAUAUGAGCUUGAGGAUUGUCUGGAGCGGCCGUUUUAUCAAAAGCUGGUUACGGGGCGAGGCUAGUGAUGCGGCAGCAGUGCAGAAAGAGACCAUCAGAGAAGCGCUUCCAGCAACGUCUUCUCUGGCCGUCACUGGUCUAUUGGUCCUGGCUUUGAGAAUGAACGUGCUGAGCGAUCUGGAAGAUGAUCGGGGAGAGCUGAACCGCCAACUUCUGGGUUUUCUCGUGGCAGGGACUGUGCUGCUAGGUUCAACAAUGUAA